CUCGCCCUCAGAUUUGUGAGAGACUAAAAAGUGCCUUUCAGUUUUCUUAACCAGCAAAUCCCACCCAGAUUGAGAGGGUGUUUGAGUUUUAAGCAAGAACUUAACAGUGAAGAAUGGAAAGUAUGAGGAAACAAGCAGCCAAACUCAGAGAGCAAGUUGCCAAGCAGCAGCAGACAAUCCUGAAGCACUUGGGACAGUUGGGGCAUGAAGCUGUAAUGGUAGAUGAGUCCGAACUACAGUGUCAUCAACAACUUGAGAAACUAUACAGAUCCACCAGGGAUGCAAAGCAUUUCCAGAGGGAUAUCGUUCGUGGGAUGGACGGAUAUAUCUCAACCAACAAAAAACAAAUGCAAAUAGUUAGAAAGUUGGGCGAGGAUUGUUGCAAAUAUGGGAUUGAGAAUGCUAGUGACGCUCCUCCUCUUGCAAGGGCUACUUCUAACUUUGGUGUUUCACUUGCUUCAAUGGAAGACCAAAGGGAAAUUAUGCUCGCCAUUCUCGGAGAACAGGUUUCUGAUCCGCUUCGGGCGUCAAUAGGUGGUGCUCCUUUAGUGGAUGCUCGUCAUUUGACUCGCCGUUAUGAUAGAAUGCGCCAAGAGCUUGAAUCCCAGGCUGCUGAAGUAAUAAGACGCCAAACAAAGUUUAGAGACGCUUCUUCAGAGAGUUUAGGGAAGCUCAAGAAUGCAGAAGCAAGAUUGAGUGAGCUUAAAGCCUCAAUGUUGGUUAUUGGUAAGGAAGCCGUUGAUGCCUUGCUGGCUGUUGAGGAGAAGCAGCAACAAACAACUUAUGACAAGUUACUUAAAAUGGUGGAUGCUGAAAAAUCUUAUCACCGAAACGUCGUCUCUCUAUUGGAGAAACUUCAUUCAGAGAUGAGGACAGAAGAAGAAGGGCUAAAUGAGUCUUUGAUGCAAUCGUCAUCAUCAACUCGGAAAAAAGAGACACUUGAUGAUACAACUACUUCAAAUGGAUCUGCCCAUCAACAAUUUAAUGUCAAAAGUUGUGAUUUUUUUAUGGCAAAGGUGGGGUCCAUUUUCUCAAACACGCUCUGAUAUGAUGUUAAAGAACCAAUUCGACCAGAAGCUCAACUUUGUGAUUGAAGACCCAAGAAUGUUUUUUUAUGAUCCAACAGAAUUGACUAAAGUCGAGCUUUCUCUCUUUCCAUUCUCUUUUAUGAAUCGUUACUCUCUCUUUCCCAUGCAAGGUUUUACACUCAUUUGAUGCUCAAGCAGAUGGGGAGCUGAAUCUUGAAGUUGAUGAUUAUGUUGUCGUUCGUCAGGUAGCCCCUCAUGGAUGGUCUGAAGGAGAAUGCAAUGGGAAAGCUGGUUGGUUUCCCUCAGCUUAUGUGGAAAAGACAGAACAAGCCCUUGGCCCCACUUUGACCGGACACGGGGACCACGAAGACGAAAGAAGAAAGAGAAAUAAUAUGAACUUCGCAUCCCUUUCGUUAAAAGAAAACGUGACAUAAUUUUUUAGCAGACGAAAAAUGAUAAGGGCGGGAAAUGUAAUUUUUGGGAUAGAUGGAGUAUAUGAUUGAUCUUUUCUUCCCAACAAGUAAAUAAAUAUCCAGUGGAGAC